ACUCUUGCUUCAAUCAAAUCCCACUAUAAAAACCCAAAUAUCCAAAGAAAACCCUAAACCCAAGAAAAGAAAACAAGUCUUAAAUCUUCAAAGAAGUCUAACUAAGAGUAUAUCUACCAAAAUUAGGGCUUCUUUCAUUUGCGUCUGCGUACAACACUAGAACUGCUUAGGAAAAGCGUCGCUAUACACAGAAAACUCGAAAAAUAAUUUCUUGGUACUAAAAGGCAGAUUGAAAAAUGUAUCUGCAAUUUUACAUCAACGACAAUGGUGACAAAGUCUACACUACCAAGAAGGAAUCGCCUCUUGGUAAGACUACCCAAUCAGCUCAUCCAGCUCGCUUUUCCCCUGAUGACAAAUACUCGAGGCAGAGAGUUCUGUUGAAGAAGCGCUUUGGCCUAUUGCCCACCCAACAACCACCUCCAAAGUACUAAGGAUGGAAAACUCAAAAUUUACCCUGCUCGUGCCCAUGCUUGCAAAUGAACUCUUUUGAUGACCGAGCAUUUCGUUGGUGAAUAUGAUGUAAUGGAGCUGCCUUUGGCUCUUUUUUAUGUUGAAUGCAAACUAGAUAUUGAGUUGUAGACCUUUAAUUAAUUUAUAUUCAGAAAGUUUUUCAUAUUGUCAAAA